CUCACUAUCGACAGCUCUCAUCUAAGACUUCAAAUACGUUGGACUGAAUUUAGUUUUUCAUCAAAACUUGAGAAUUGUUUUCUUUUUUAUAGAGGAAGCUUCGGGCACAGAGCUGCUGAUUCCGAGCCGCUGAGUCGCUGAGAAAUACGCUGCUGAACACACGAUGCCUGCCUCCAUCUAAACUCUGUGAUGGAAGCACAGAUAGGAGUUCUUUUCUUUUUUAUGGUAUGGAGCUCAUCGGCCGCUGGGGAGGUGAAGAUCCUGAGAGGCACUGAAGGAGGAAACAUCACUCUGCCUGUCCCUGCUAUCGACUCUGGAUAUCUUUCACUUGGGCCAAAGAUUCUUGCUAAUGUCGAUGAGGGGAAGAUCCAGAUACUGGAUAAUAAGUACAAGCACAGACUUCUCUGGAACAGAACCACUGGACUCUUUACACUCACAGGACUACAGAGGGCUGACUCAGGGAUAUAUAGCAUUUCCUCUAAAUCUUAUAACCUCACAGUGCAUGAGCCUGUCUCAGAUCCUACAGUGAAGAGGCUUAGUGUGAGCACUGAGAGCUGCACCUUGCUGUGUGCUGUGGACCAAGCUGCAGAAACUACACUGUUGUGGUACAAAGAUGAGGAGAAACUGAACGAGAGCAGCUCUGCUCUCCCUCUUCCUCUCAUUAUACACAGGCAGGAUUUCAACUCUUCAUAUAGAUGUGUAGCUGCCAGCCCUGCUGAGAAGAAAACUCUUUCAGUCACUGUUAAGACAUUGUGUGAACACAACCACACAAACAGCACAGAUGACAUCAGACACAAAAGACACCAUACAGUUGGAAUUGUAAUCUCCAUCCUGUCUGUUGUGAUUGUUACACUUGUUGCCUUUUUCAUCAAGUGGAAGUGUCUUGACAAGAACAAAAGGAUAACCAGACAAACACAAGGCAGAUAUCACUAUCACCUUAUACUCCUGACAUCAAGCUACGUCCAGCUCAGUUCAUCUGCUACCAGUCUGGAUUCAGCUCCAGUCUGCCUGACUUGUUCAGCCGCCACUGCCAUUCCCAGCUUGGCUCUGCCAGUUCAUCAGAUUUCUGCCGUGCUCCAUCGAAACCAUUACUCAGCCCACUGCUCAGCCCAGAGCGUCCAGCUCUCACCCCUUCACCCAAAACCAUUUCUAUGUCAGCAAUAAAUGACCCUUUAAACUUCCAUCUGCCUCCUGAGUUUUUGUUCUGCAUUUUGGGCCCACGAGAGAAGUGACUGUAACAUUCCAUCAAAAAUGUAUUCAAGAGAGUCAGCAAAAUGUUUCAGGCACCAUUAGGCUUAUAUAAAAAA